ACUCUGAGGACAUCCUUCCAAACUCCUUUACAGAUUUCUUUCUGUGCACGGCGUCCUCCUGUUUUCUAAUUAGCACUGUUUUAGUUUAGAUACAUGGAAAUCCUUUCUGUUUCUAGAGCUAAAGAUCUGAUGACAUGAGUGCUUAUCAGAAUGCCGGCCAACCAAAAGCUGUCCUACUGUACUGGGAUCUUCUUGCUGGUGUUGAAGCUGGCCCACGCCCAGUAUGAGCACCUUGGAUACCCGCUGGGGUACCCGCAUGCUGAAGUGGAACAGUACAGCCCCCCAGUCCUGGCUCCAGAUACCCCCAGGAUCCAGCUGAGACUAGCUGGACAGAAGAGGAAGCACAACGAGGGUCGAGUUGAGGUUUACUACAACGGAACGUGGGGUACCGUCUGCGAUGACGACUUCAGCAUCCACGCCGCUCAGGUGGUGUGCAAAGAACUGGGCUACCAGGAAGCCGUCUCAUGGGUGCCUUCUUCAAAAUAUGGGAAAGGAGAAGGACCCAUCUGGUUCGACAACCUUCGAUGCACGGGGAAAGAGAAGACGUUGUCUCUGUGUCCGUCCAACGGGAUCGGCGUCUCAGACUGCAAACACACUGAAGAUGUAGGCGUGGUUUGCAGCGACAAGAGGAUCCCUGGAUUUAAAUUUGUCAACAUGCUGCCCAAUCAUGUGGAGGUAACCUCCUUUAAAACCUGCAUGCUGCGAUCAAAUGCUCCUCACAAGUGCAACAAGCUGAUUUAG